GUUCCGGUAGAAAAAUAUGUUUGUGUUCUGACAUUAUCGUCGACUUCAUAACGCCAUAUAUUCGUGUUUAUGAAGAAGCAUGAUUACUUUGUCUAAAAAACUGAAGCAGCAGAGUCAGGCUAAGAAAGAUGCAGCUGAAGCCGAGGUCCCUAGGAGGGUCUCUGUCCGAGACAAACUACUAGUCAAAGAGGUGCAAGAAAUGGAAGAAAAUCUACCAAAGACAUGUCGUGCACAGUUUGAUGACAUCAAUAAAAUACACAAGUUCUUUCUGAUCAUUUGCCCAGAUGAAGGCUUUUGGCAGGGUGGAAAGUUCAAGUUUCAUAUAGAUGUGCCUGAGGACUACAAUAUAGUGCCUCCUCAGGUUAUCUGCUGUACAAAAAUAUGGCAUCCGAAUAUCACAGAGAAUGGCGAAGUAUGCCUCAGUCUCUUGCGACAGAAUUCCUAUGAUAGUAUGGGUUGGGCACCUACAAGACACUUGAAGGAUGUAGUGUGGGGAUUGAAUUCAUUAUUUUCAGACUUACUAAACUUUGAUGACCCAUUGAAUGUAGAAGCUGCUGAACAUUAUGCUAGAGAUAGGGAAGGAUUCAAGGCCAAAGUUCGAGACUACAUAUCCCAGCAUGCAAAAAGAUAAUGACAGACUGUGUAGGUUGUGUCCCAGACUUGACCCGCUUCCAGAUACUUUAUACUUGCACACAAAUACAACACUGAUAGAAGUGGUUGUAAUCAUGGCAACUAUAGAUCUCCAUAGAAAAUAGUAACUUAAUAAGUUAAUGUUGCCAUUUGUAAUGAAGCAUGGCUCUUUGUGGAAUCCGGAAGUGAACAGUGAAGAACAUCUGCUCUUUGAAAUUGACAAGCUGAUGGGCUGGCAGCAUUUCGUGUGUGACCUUGGGAUACAGGUGUAUGUGUAUGAGAUACCGUGACAUACACUGCAUGAACAGGCAGUGUAUAUAAAGCCUGUCUCAGUUACAGUGUGGAUUUGUUACCUAUGUUAUAUUCAUGUGGAAGUGAUCACAUGGUGGAAACCUACCUUAACUCGAUUGUGAUGACACUGUUUGGAAUUUGAGGACUUGUAUAGUUGGUGGCAUUAAGCAUUAAUUUCAUAAGAAUGGAAAAGCUGUAGCUUAUCUGAGUGAAUGGAAGAAACUGGAUCCCCAUCAUGACCAGAGGAUGUUCUUCCUCAUCACUAUGCCUGCCAACCAUGGUCAUCUAAAUAUAGCUUUUGCAAACUGUGUGUCACCCUUACUUUGUUUGAUACCUUUGUCUCUUGUCACCAAGAAAUUACUCACUUACACAGUGCAGAAUAUCAUCACACACCUUUGACAUCUUCAUGGCAUGUUUACAUUAUGGGUAGUUAAGGUUCUGGUUAAACAUGGAUUUGUAAAGCCACCUUUACCUUUAUGAUGUCCCUUAGGUUAAGAGCACCACACUCAUGCUCAUAUGUUUCAAAGUAGUAUACACCUGCAUCACUCUGUGUUUUGUUCCCUCAACAAACUGACAUGCCAUGAAGAAAUGAAAUGCACAUUAAAGUGCAUAUGAACACACUCAUGUCCUUUUACAAGAGAGAAAUAUGCUGUACAGAUAAGACACCUUGUUGCAGCUUACAAUGGUGUUAUAUGAGAUGCAUGCUAGUGAACACCGCAUUGUUUGGGUAGCAAGUACCAUUUGGAAGGAGUUAUUGUAUCAACUCCCCCUGCUGGCUUCAAACACCUCUCAUGUUCUACUGUAGUCUUAAGUUUACUACAUUUCAGAAUUCAUGAAUGGUCAUAUUGAUUCUGAUAUUCUCCCUUUCUUUAAAAAGGUGUUUUCUUAUUAUACCAUUUUGACAGAUUUACACGAGAUAUCUGUUAGGGGGGACAAACUCUACACAUUUGACAUCUUAAUCUGAUCAUUUUACAUUAUUAGCCCUUGUAACAGACUUGUUCACUUAUCCCACUGUCUCUGACCACGACAGCUGAACCAACACAAGGAGCUGCUGCUAGUGUUGGUAUUUGAUGUGACUCACGCCUGUGACUGUCAUCUGAACCAACACAAGGAGCUGCUGCUAGUGUUGGUAUUUGAUGUGACUCACGCCUGUGACUGUCAGCACAACCAACACAAGGAGCUGCUGCUAGUGUUGGUAUUUGAUGUGACUCACACUUGUGAGUGUCAUCUGAACCAACACAAGGAGCUGCUGCUAGUGUUGGUAUUUGAUGUGACUCACGCCUGUGACUGUCAGCACAACCAACACAAGGAGCUGCUGCUAGUGUUGGUAUUUGAUGUGACACACUUGUGAGUGUCAGCUGAACCAACACAAGGAGCUGCUGCUAGUGUUGGUAUUUGAUGUGACUCACACUUGUGAGUGUCAGCUUAACAAACACAAGGAGCUGCUUGUCACUUGAUGUGACUCGCCAUACUUCCUACUACAUGUCUUAUAACAAAAGUUAGGUGGUACACAUGCCAGUGUUAGUGUUGAAGAGAACCUGCCCCAUACUACAGUCAAUACAUUCUAUAGAUUUGAGUUAAACUGCUGUAUUGAAGGGAAAUAUAAAGAUUCACUGUCUUAUAAACUAGUGUUGCUGAUGCUUCCUUGAUUUCAUCAUGUGCUAACCGGGUCCUUGUUCGUUAUCAAUCUUGUCUGAACAGAUCACAAUCAUAUGUCUGGGGACCUUAGUAUUGAACAGCAAUGAACUGCAGUCAGAUUAACAAUUAACCAAACACAGCAGCAAGAGCUAGGCCUAGUUGACACCCCAGGGGGAGAUGUCUGUAGCAGCCAGGGUCUAGAUAUUUGAAGCUCUCUUAGAGCUAAGAUAGUUGUAAGUUAAUGUUAAUGUAUGGCACUUACGACUAUCUUAGCUCUAAGAGAACUUCGAAAAUCUAGGCCCUGAGCUGGGCCUAGUUGAGCCCUGAGCUGGGCCUAGUUGACACCUCAGUGGAACAUGUCUGUAGCUGCAAGAGCUAGGCCUAGAUGACACCCCAGGAGAUGUCUGUAGCGGCAAGAGCUAGGCCUACUUGGCAACUCAGGGGGAGAUGUCUGUAGCUUCAGGAGCUAGGCCUAGAUGUCACCCCAGGGGGAGAUGCCUGUACUGGCAAACGUUAGGCCUAGUUGACACCCCAGGGAGAGAUGUCUGUAGCGGCAAGAGCUAGGCCUAGAUGACACCCCAGGGGGAGAUGUCUGUAGCUGCAAGAGCUAGGCCUAGUUGACAGCCCAGUGGGAGAUGUCUGUAGCUGCAAGAGCUGGGCCUAGUUGACACCCCAGGAGAUGUCUGUAGUGGCAAUAGCUAGGCCUAGUUGACACCCCAGUGGGAGAUGUCUGUAGCGGCAAGAGCUAGGCCUAGUUGACACCCCAGUGGGAAUGUCUGUAGCGGCAAGAGCUGGGCCUAGUUGACACCCCAGUGGGAGAUGUCUGUAGCGGCAAGAGCUAGGCCUAGUUGACACCACAGUGGGAGAUGUCUGUAGCAGCAAGAGCUGGGCCUAGUUGACACCACAGUUGGAGAUGUCUGUAGCGGCAAGAGCUAGGCCUAGUUGACACCCCAGUGGGAGAUGUCUGUAGUGGAAAGAGCUAGGCCUAGUUGACACCACAGUGGGAGAUGUCUGUAGUGGCAAGAGCUGGGCCUAAUUGACACCACAGUGGGAGAUGUCUGUAGUGGCAAGAGCUAGGCCUAGUUGACAUCCCAGUGGGAGAUGUCUGUAGCGGCAAGAGCUGGGCCUAGUUGACACCCCAGUGGGAGAUGUCUGUAGCGGCAAGAGCUAGGCCUAGUUGACACCCCAGUGGGAGAUGUCUGUAGUGGCAAGAGCUGGGCCUAGUUGACACCCCAGUGGGAGAUGUCUGUAGUGGCAAGAGCUGGGCCUAGUUGACACCCCAGUGGGAGAUGUCUGUAGUGGCAAGAGCUAGGCCUAGUUGACACCCCAGUGGGAGAUGUCUGUAGUGGCAAGAGCUGGGCCUAGUUGACACCCCAGUGGGAGAUGUCUGUAGUGGCAAGAGCUGGGCCUAGUUGACACCCUAGUGGGAGAUGUCUGUAGUGGCAAGAGCUGGGCCUAGUUGACAUCCCAGUGGGAGAUGUCUGUAGUGGCAAGAGCUGGGCCUAGUUGACACCCCAGUGGGAGAUGUCUGUAGUGGCAAGAGCUGGGCCUAGUUGACAUCCCAGUGGGAGAUGUCUGUAGUGGCAAGAGCUGGGCCUAGUUGACACCCCAGUGGGAAUGUCUGUAGCGGCAAGAGCUGGGCCUAGUUGACACCCAAGUGGGAGAUGUCUGUAGCGGCAAGAGCUAGGCCAAGUUGACACCACAGUGGGAGAUGUCUGUAGCAGCAAGAGCUGGGCCUAGUUGACACCCCAGUGGGAGAUGUCUGUAGCGGCAAGAGCUAGGCCUAGUUGACACCCCAGUGGGAGAUGUCUGUAGCGGAAAGAGCUAGGCCUAGUUGACACCACAGUGGGAGAUGUCUGUAGUGGCAAGAGCUGGGCCUAGUUGACACCACAGUGGGAAAUGUCUGUAGUGGCAAGAGCUAGGCCUAGUUGAC